AUGGUUUCGACUAACCUCAUCCGCCUCAUUACGAGCGCCGCGAUUUUGGCCGGUGUGAAUGGCCAGGUGGUAACCACCAUCGCCAUCACCACCAUCACCCUUACUACCUUCACCACCGUGGGCUUGUCCAGCUCCCCCUCUUCGACUGCGGAUCCAUCUACCACCACGAUCCCGAGUACGACACCACUGGGGGUCAUUCCCAUCACAAUCAGAACUACAAUCACCAUCCUACUCCCCGGCCUGAACAGAACCUCGUCCAGUGUCGCCAUCCUGCCCGCCUUCACCAGCCCCAACAACAACGUUACCAUCACUUCUGUCUCCACGGUUCCCACAUAUACCCUUGCUGUCCGCCUCUUCCAGCCGCUCCAGCGGUAUCCGAACCAACACCACGUUGGCCGUCUCAUCCUCCAUCCGCGCCGGGACGUCGACGCUCUCCGUCACUGGAGGUCCCACACUUGUCACAAGGUCAUCCGUAAACACAACAAAUCGCUCCAGCAGCCGUUCCACCUUUUCCUCGAGCCGUUCCGCUGCCCCCUCAAGCCGCGCCACUGCCCCCUCGAGUCCUCCCCUGAGCAUCUCCAGGCCUCCCUCGAACACACCUAG